AAGGACGGAGGACCCACACACGGCUGGUUCCUAUUGUUUUGCACCAGCCGGAAUGUUAGUUAUUCGAUGACAGCUGAACGAACCGGUCACGAUAAAUCCUCGUCCGCGGAUACCGCCGUUAACCGUAUGAAGAGCGCUCGGUCGCCUGGUUCAUUACGAUGGCAGUUGUAGUCAAAACGCCGGAACCGGAUACUACGUAGUACGUUCCGCGAUCUCUCCUCCACGUAACGUACGGUGCGCGGGGAAGAAACAAUCAGCUGACCUUCUCCGACUCCUCCGGGGUCCUCCUGUUUCUGUCAACAGCAGUAGCAACAGCAGCAGCACCGCCUACCUCGGGAAGAAUUUUGAAAAGUUGCAUCCAGUCAAAAACGCCGUAGCCACCAGGCCAGUGAAGUGAGAAAAAUCCACACGAGCAGGGAAGUGUGAAAAAAUUCUAGCGACAAAACCAAAUAAAAAAAGUGAGAACGUUCGAAACGACAGAAGAGAGAAGGAAGAAAAAAAAUGUUGAGUUGCAAUGCCGCGUACGGCCACAGCUUGCUGUGACGGUUUAGUUUAGGAAUUUACUUUGAUUGCUGCUGUCUACGUGCGGGCGGUCGUCGGUGAGUGAGCUGUGUAGGGGGCAAGAAGAAGCAAAAAAAAAGUGCGAAAAAGGAAAAGUUAGUUUUGAUGUGCGGGUUAAUUAAAAAUAAUUGCUUGUUAAACGUUGUGGCAGCACUGGUGGUCCCAUAAUUAGUGAACCUAAUCUGAAACAGGCAGGCAGGCAGGCAGGCAGGCCGAAGGAGUGCUUCUCGCGGUGAUCCGGCAGGAAAAUCCUCACGAGCACCGGUGCCACAAUGCUGACUAAGUUAGGUGUAAAUAUAGUUAUCCUGUUAGUCUUAGGAAAAGAAAUCAAGGCCAGUUGGGAGGAAUGGUGGACGUACGACGGGAUUUCAGGUCCCGCCUUCUGGGGUCUGAUCAACCCACAGUGGAACAUGUGUAACAAGGGUCGCCGCCAGUCGCCGAUCAACGUGGAACCGGAAAAGCUACUGUACGAUCCGUACCUGAGGUCGUUGCACAUCGACAAACACAAGAUCUCAGGAACGUUACACAAUACCGGCCAAUCGCUGGUGUUCCGGGUGGAUAAGGACACCAAACAGCACGUGAAUAUCUCCAGCGGACCCCUCGCCUACCGGUAUCAGUUCGAGGAGAUCUACUUUCACUACGGAACGGACAACAAUCAGGGUUCGGAACAUCACAUCCAUGGGUACAGCUUCCCCGGAGAGAUUCAAUUAUACGGCUUCAACAAGGAACUGUACCACAACAUGUCCGAAGCCCAGCACAAGGCCCAGGGAAUCGUCGGCAUCUCGCUGAUGGUGCAGAUCGGCGAUACGCCCAAUCCCGAGCUGCGGAUAAUAACCAGCACUUUCAACAAGGUGCUCUACAAAGGUUCUUCCACACCGAUUCGGCACAUUUCGUUGCGAUCUCUACUGCCAAACACCGAACAGUACAUGACGUACGAGGGGUCCACCACGCAUCCCGGUUGCUGGGAGAGCACGGUAUGGAUCAUCCUAAAUAAACCGAUCUACAUCACGAAGCAGGAGCUGUACGCCCUUCGGAAACUGAUGCAGGGUUCGGAACAGACUCCGAAGGCACCCCUCGGUAACAAUGCGAGACCGCUGCAGGCACUCCAUCAUCGAACCGUUCGGACCAACAUCGAUUUCGCCCAUACCGGGGCGAAUAAGAAUCAAAACUGUCCGACCAUGUACAAGGACAUGUACUACAAGGCGAACCGCUGGACGUCGGAACUGUCGGCGCGGGGUCGCGAACGAGGUCUUCCAGAUAUUGACACCGUGUUCCAUUCGCUGCCCUAGUGGAGCUGACGGGGGGGUGGCGCCAGCACUCCCCAUUGAAGGCAAGUUUAGCUAAAUAAAAACUAAAACAAAAUCCCGGAACUAGUUGAGAUAUUCGAAUGGUUUGUAUAAAGUAAAGGGAAAUAUGGGCUAGGUGUAAUCGAAAAAAAAAGAAAAAACACUUACUCACACACACAAACACAUUGUUAUUAGAUCGUUAUUUCAACUGAAGAGGGUUUGGAACGGGUGGACGGGGGGGGAAGGCUUCGACCGCGGUGUUAAGGAGCUUUCCUAUAGCCUAAGAAAGUGUAUGCCAAAACAAAACAAAAAAACAGAAAAAAAACUAAGUUAGUAAGUAGUGUAGAACUCACUCACUGGGAAGAAAGGGAUCAUAUGAGGGGUGUUCUUCAUUCACCGGAACCCCUCUUUACGGGGUGGACAAUAAUUCAACAUCUACAAUUUUUACGAACGAACACCGAGAUUUGCGCCGCAGUACAGAGCAAAACACAACUACGCUUCGGAAACGGAACUGUUUUUUCUUGUUUUUUUGUAUUUCUAUUGUAAAAGGGAAACCAUGGAAACAGAAAAAAAAAACAAAAACACUACCACUUCUUGGUCCACCCUUGAAAAUUGUUGUUUUUGCGCUGAAAAAGGUAGUGACCGUAGACUAAAUUUUUUGUAAAUAAAUUGCAGCAUCUCUAUACUAUCGAUUGCCUAUUUAACCAAGCAAAACAAAAAACAAAACACAAAUCUAGACGAAAACAAAAAAAAAAAGAGAGAAGUGCUUCUAAUCAAACCAAAUAAAGCAAAGCGUAACAAUAUUAAGAAGACUCUACCUAAAGGGAACUAAUCUACGCAGUAUUAUACGCGAAUCCAACUGGCUUUUUCGGUAGAUAAAUGGGUCUAACAGGUCUAACACAUUGUAUGUAAGUAAAAACAAACAAACAAACGAACAAAAUAAGCAGUAGAUUUUUUCGUUUUCGUUUUCUAACCGGAUGCCUAUAACCUACUCAAGCGACAAGAAAAAAAAACAAAAACAAACAAACGGAAACUGUACAGAGUUGAUUGCCAACGCUAUUCUGUUUCGUAUUUAAGUUCCACAACUAUUUGUCUGUACAUUUUUUUCUAAAACGGUAACAAUUGCUGCAAAGUGGCAUCGGUGACAAUUACUGAAAAAAAGGG